AAGAUCUAGAAUUCAUCUCUAUUGGCAACAAUCUUUUCAAAGGAUUACUCAAAAGAUAUAACGUGGACAAAAGUUAUGACAAAUAUUGUUUCCAUGAUGCACUGAAUUUCAUGAUGCCAUUUGUUUUUGUGCAGGCUGAAAUCUUUUGAAUUUCACAGCUUUAUCUAUUUUUGCCAAGGUUGUUUACUGACAUUUGUUUCCAUGUCGUUAUUUUGCAAGCUGUUCAUUUGCUAAUGAUUUGUUUUGCAGCUUGGCUUCAACAAUGGCCACCAUUGUAAACCACGUAGCUAAGCGAUAACAGAUUACUCCAACAACGCUGUUGUCAUGUAGGACGAAGGAAAACCUCUUGCAGGCCUUCGUUCAAAAAUGACCGCAAAACUGCAAAAUAACACUGGAAUGGAUCACUUGAUAAAACAUAUGUUCAAAGGAUAUUGUGUAAGUAAGAGAAUCGCGCCUUAAUAAAAAGUUGGUCUGCCUGUUUUCCAACAUGGCGCUGACUCAUGGACAAGGACGUUUAGGACUACUGGGCCUAGAAAUUGGAGACAGGGAACAAGAAUUUGAUAAUAAUGGUUGGGCACACGUGCACCAUGCAGCUUUUAAUGGGUAUCAAAAGAGUGUCUUACGUUUUGUAAAUACUAAACCGGACAGGUUGGAAAUAUUAACAGAAGAUGGCCAGGGUCUGACCCCUUUUCUGAUCGCAUGUGUAAGUGGGCAAAAAGAGAUCAUUGAAACUUUGAUAGACCUUGGAGCAAAUGUAAACGCAGUGGAUCGCAAGAUGUUAGGGGCUGUGGAGUUAUCGUCUUUAAAUGAAAAUACACAUUUGCUAGAAUUUUUUAUAGAAGCAAAUAUAGGCAUAAAUGUCUUCAGCAUAUUAUUUCAGUGUUUAUCCGGAAAACACAAUAACGCAGACCUUGAGAUGGCAGCAUGUAAAUCGAUUCAUUUGUUGUCAAGAAAUUCUGCAUUUUGUGAAAAAAUAGUCGAAAACAGUGGCAUAAAGUCCCUACUUGACUACCUUAAAUCAACAAUUGCAAUUGAUUCUUCAAAGGACACGUGCCUUGAGAUAUUACUUAAUAUUUUCAAAACUUGCUCUGUGCAUGAUCAGGUGUUAAGAAAUGGUGGAAUUGAAAUUUUGAUAGAUAAUUUGAAAUUGGCAAACGAACCUUCAAUUUAUUUAAAAGCUGUGAAGAUAUUAGGAAUGCUUGCUAUGCACGCUGGCAAAGACAUCAAAUAUAAAAUUGAUGACCUGUCUGGCAUAACCUCAAUUGUGACCAUUCUAAAAAGUGCAAAAGAAAAUGGACCACUUGUUUUGGAGUGCUUGGCAACAUUAAUAGUGUUAAUUACUGACGAUAAAAAAAUGCAGACAAGCUUCUGUACAAAGGCUGCUUGUAUGAAAGUUUUGAUAGAUUUGAUGUCAGAAUCAACUGAUCCAAGGCAGAAUGUUGCCACUUUGCGAGUAAUAGUGGCUACUGUCUCUGACAACAAACAAGCCCAAGCCAUGUUUGCAGAGCUCAAUGGUUUUAAAGCAUUAUCUUUAAUGUUGAAGUCAAAAUCUAGUGAUUGUGUUAUUAGUGCUGUUAUUGCUGUUGAGAGAUUGGCAAAAAAAAAUGAGCAAAACCAAGACAUUCUCUUAAAGCAAGGAAUUAUCAAUGUUUUGAUAAAAAUUCUUAAAAAGAGUAGACAUGUAGAAGGAAAAGCUGCAACAGCUGGAGCAUUGUGGGCAAUUGCAGGAGAUAAAUUUCACCAGCAAAGAGCAAUAGCAACAUUGAUGGGUACUGGAGUGUGCAUUGAGUUUCUUGGAAGCUCUGUUCCAAGUCAGUUGCAUUUUUAUGGAUCAGAAGGCAUACAAACAUUAACAAAGGGAGUUGGCAGAGAAAUUGAUGAGAUUGCUAAUGCUGGGGGUAUCCAAAGGAUUUUGCAUAUACUUGGCAAUGCAACUACACCCUCUUAUGUUGCUUUGAGUAUCCUGAAGUCUUUAAGAUGCUUAUGUAUUGCCCCUGGUUAUGCACCACAUAUUGUUAAUCAGAAGAUGUGUAUGAAUGAAGGUGCUGUGAGAAUUAUAAUAAAUUAUGCCAAAAAUGCAAGAACAGAAAAAGAGCAGGCAGAAUCCUACUACACACUUGGAGCUAUAGCUUAUGGCAACAAGGAAAAUGUAUCUAUUAUCACAAAGACAACUGACUUUAGUUACAUUGAUGUGUUAACAUUGCUGUACAGUAAUAACAUCCAUGUUAAAGAAAUAUCAGGCAGUGCCUUAGCACUUUUUGCUUUUAAUAGUCAGAAACAACUGAAAGAAAUUGCUUACUCUGGUGGAAUUCCUACCAACAUUUUGUUCCUUUCUUGAUGUCUAAAGACAAAAUGUGUGUGGCACAUACUGCUUUUCAGAUGAGUGUUCUUUCAAAAAUCAUCCCUGAUGAAGCUCCUGCCUUUCAUCAGCUACAGGAAUUAAAAUAUUGGUUGACCUUCUUGAUUCAGAAAAUGAAGAAGUCCAAGCACUUAGCAGCAACCUUAUAUCUGGUCUGUCAGCCUUGAAGUCUGGUGUCCCAAAUGCCAUAAUAUCCAUAGGAACAAUAACAAAGCUGUGCAAACUACUCAGUAGCCCAUUUGAUAUUGUUCAAGCAAGUGCAGCGGUAACCUUGUGCCAGCUAAGCCAAGAGCCAGCAGGACAAAGACAACUGCUCAAUAAUUGCAGACAUGACCCUUACUUGUUCAAAGUAUUACAGAGGUUUCCUCACAGAGUCAAGUUUACAGAACAAUUUGUCAAGAGAUGGAAGCACAACAAGGAUGUUGGAUUGCCACCGAUAAGGUAUCCGCAGCAGCAGCUCACAACAGGCAACUGUAUAUUUGGAAUGGAUCGAGCUAGUGCAUGCCUUACGCCGUCUGUCUUAAUGGACGAUGAAACAGAUGAUACUGUUGAUGGAAGUAGCAUUACUCAUUAUGACAAUGGCUCAUCUGUCAAACUGCCGUCAGUAUAAGGUUUGAAUAAACAAAAGGUUUAUCUUCAUGUCCGUUGUAAUAUUGGUGUUUUUAGAUAAAUGGUCUGACGUCAUAGGAAUACAUCGAAACGGCUUUUUAUGACUGUGCCAUUAUAAACAAUUUUUUUUAAGAAUGCAACUUAUGAAUCCUCGGCAGUCAGUCUUUUACUAUUUGUUUGAUUAUGGACUAAAAGUGCAACAUAAACUCAGCAAUUGCAGGAUCCGUCUGGUUGUUAUGCGUGUGAUGGGUUGCUGCAUCUACUUCUGCAUUUGCCGUUUGACUUUUAAUUGCUUUCUAUGACGAGUUUGUCGGUGUUUAUAUCAGGUUUGGGUCGUUUAGAAUAUUUUCUGCACUGUUUGUAAUGAUGAAAGAACAGUGAUCGAUAAAAUGUUUUCACAUUUUCACGUCCUCAUGCCCCAAGAACGAGUGAGAAUUGCCUGCUUGAUAAAACUUUUGGUUUUUCAAUAAGUAUUUGCAUUAAAAUUCGUCAUUUGAAGUAAAUUGUUUCAAGAUAAAGACUGUAAUAUAAUGCUGAAGGUUUUAAAGCCUGUCAGCACUUUUGUGUGAGCCUGUGUUGAAUGUCUAUCAUUAGUAGUUAGUUGUUCCAACGGAUGACAAACCCAGCAAAUGUUGUUUUUGCAUCUUCAAAACUAGCAAGAAUGUCGCGCCAGCUCAGGAAAUUUGUAAGAUUUUGUUUGAGUGGAUAUUGUUCGCGGUUCUAAACUCUGAAAAUAUGGGAUUCCCUAUCCUCAUUUUCAACUAUCACUUUAGGGGUUUUUGGCUAAAUUUUUAUUGAAAAGCUUUCUUGACCGAUCUUUAUAGUCAUUGAUAGUAAAAAGCCAGUUCCAAAGUGCCUCUAGAAAACCUUGUUAAGCAAAUUCUAGCUUCGAAAAAUUAAAGAAACAAUUUUAAACGGAUUUUGCUAGCAAAAAUCAUUUUAUGUUUGCUGUUGUCCUGGUUAAGUUUAGGUUUACAUCUACUUUUUAACAUGAAUUCUGUGGCUGCUUUAAGUUAGUUGCCUUAACAAGCGUAAAAGAAGCAGCGCGUUCACAAACUUAUCAGUAACUGACAAGCGUAGCAAACGAAAACAAGUCCAAUCUUUUUUGUAAAUUUACAGUGCUAUGUAGCAUAAGCAGCCUGUUCACUUUUGCUACGUAACAGCAAGUACAACGACUUCCUCAUUUCAAAACUUUUUUCAUCUUUUAUUCUAACUUCAACCCUCUCACUACAGUUGAAAUGCUUAGAGAAAAUGUGAGUGAAGGACUUUGCCAAGUGGCACGAAUGGUUUGUGCUUAAGCAAAGAUCUCUCUCAUGUGCGCUUUGCGUUAAACAAGUGAACAUAUUCAAGUGCUUUUUAUUCUUUUUUGAGAAAAUAAAAAUGACAAAUUCUUUGCAAAUUCACACAACGAGGAUGUUUCACACGUUUAGUGACGAAACUGUAUCAAUAUUAUCAAGAUUAGAUAAGAGAGUUAAGAUAGCCGAACUAAAACCUCUUGAUUUACCUCUGACAAGAAAACAAGACCACCUUUGACAAGAGCAAGACUUGACGAGGCGAAUGAGCCGUUGCUCUCACAUUUCUAUCACGUUUUAGUACCGUUUCUAGCUACUUUUCCUUCACCAACUUUCGUGUUUUUAUGCUUUUGUAUGUCCUUUUCGGAGGCGAAGUGACGAAGUAAUCGAUUCAUGAUCUAUUUUUGCAUCAAAUUUGAUUGUUCUCAGCUAUGCGUGACGAUAGAACCCAAUUGUUUGAGCGUUUGAACACUAGUUUAAAAGUAGAUUAGAAAGGCCUGCUCUUGUCAAAGGUGGUUUUGUUUCGGACAACAGAGCCCGUUCCACCGGGAAUCGGGAUGCGAAAAAGGAAGUAAAUCGAGAGGUUUUGGUUAGACUAUCUUAGUUCUCUUAUUUUAUCUUGAUAAUAUUAUAAAUUGACGGUGUCACGUGUUUAAUAGCAAAUUGCAGGCAGCUGAUACCCGAUGAUGAGCAAAGUUGGCACAAUGAAAUCACGUGUAAGAUGAAGGUCGCUUUAUAGUGUAAACGAUAUGGUAUGGGCUAGAUUAUACGAUAUCACGAUGAUUCUAGACACAAUUUUUCACUUCUACUGAUAGCAUGUUGUAUAUUUCUAUGUCAGUAUAUAUUUCUUUAUCUUAUAACCUACACAAAGUUUAACUUCACGUGUUGUUUAUUAGAAGUAUUUCCUGUAAUAUUUUACUGGUGAAUCGCUAAUAUAUUAAUGAUCAUAGCAUAUAAAGAUGUAUGAUUUAAAUCUCAAGUUUGUAUAUUUUGAAUAUUUGUAGAUUUAUUUUGAUUUUUGUGAUAAAAUGAUUCUAAGAGUGUGAUUGAAUUGGAUUGUUUUUUCGUUAGAAAUAUGUUCCUAAGCAAAUGUUUGCUGGAUAUCUCAUACUAUUCGAAAAUCAAAUCCCAGAGCGACUUAUGUUACAAACGGUUUAUGUAUUGUCGUCCAGUAAAAAGUUUGACAAUGGCUCCUAGUUUGUCCUACGGUGUAACUAGCUCUUCUCUACCGGUAUCUCCACUAUAGCAGCAUAGAAUUCUAAAUGAGUUGCAAAAGGACGGAUAUACGUCCUUAGAUAAAGGAUUUGCAAUCAUUUUGACUGUAGAUAACCUGUUUUGGGAUCGUUUUCCGUUAGAUCAAUUUCUAACAUUGUUUUAUCUAAACAUCUAGUCCGAAAUAUCUAAACAAACUUAUGUAGAUUUAAUAAACUACUUGAGUCGUUUGUUAAACAAAUGCUAGCAACCUGCCGUUGCUAAGCAACAGCCAGUUUGUUCUCUUGCAUUUGAUUUUUUUGUUAUUUGAUUCUUUUGUUAUCAAGGGAGUAUCUCACAUCAUCUGGUGAUUUGGUGUUUAUGUUUAUGAAUUUUGAACCUUGUUUCGUGUUGUUUUUGAACUUCUGAAACCAGCACCUGAUGAUGUACUUCAAAUCAUAUCGGUCCAGUCUAUUAUGACUCCCAGACCAAUAUGACUCUGGUUGGACCAGUAUGACCCCUGAAUCGGCCAGCCUCGCUUGCAAUCUAUUUUAGAAAAAAAAAUAAGCUAAAAAUACUUGCCCGUUUCUGCGAAAUUAAGGAGCUUUUGCACUUUAUUUUGAAAAGCUUGGUUUAUCAACUAUAUUUGGCUUGCUUCUUGAGGUCUUGUGUUGUUCCUGUCUAUACUAGACGAUUCCGGAGCUCGCAAUGCCAUAACAUAAAUGGGGCAAAAGCUGCGUAAAUUGCAACGGCAGCCUAAAACAUUGAGAUUUGUAAAUUUUUCUGUAGCUCAAACAAGGUUUAGGCUAAGGAAGAGCUGCAAAAGAAAAGGCUUUCCUUGCGUCGCAACCCCGUUAGCACUUGCAAAUAUGAUGAUGCUGGGAAAAAAUUUCCAUGCGAUAUAGCUUGACGGUUUUAAUGGGAUUCGACAUAUUUAUUGUUAUUAACUGCAUAGAACGCCCAAGAACUGCAGUUGUCUUUUCCUUAUAACCUUCAUCAGGCCUCCUUCAUCUCCUACUCUUCUUAAAACAUCUUCAUUGAAAACUCUGUCAGUAAAAUUGAUAUGUAAAGUUAAAUCACAGUUUCAUUGAUUUAAUACUGCUUCCAUGCUUUCACUAAUUGUCCAAGCAUCACAUCCAUAGAGUAAAACUGAUCACACACAACAUAUUAACACUCUGGUCCUAGUUUUCACUUUCAGCUGCCUGUUCUUAAAUACAGCAUUCAUCUUGUCGAAAACCUCCUUUGCAAUCCCAAUUCUUUUCUCGGUUUCAGGUACACUUUCCAUCUAAUGCUAUCAAGCUUCCUAGAUACGUAAACUUCAAAACGUUAGUUAUUGCUGUGUACAAGGAACAUUUGUUUUUCCGUUGAUAUAAGCAUACAUUCUGUGUAUUUUACAUCAAUUUGAAGACUUGUCUUUUGACUUUCUGACACAACUUUAUUCAGGGCUGCUUAAUUUUCCACAGUUUAUACAGUGUCAUCCGCAUAUCUAAAGUUGUUAAUAUUGACAACAUUAACUUUCACACCUGGCAUAUUCUUUAUCUCCCUCGGAAUGACUUCACUGUAUAGAUUAAAAAGAUGUGGGGAUAACACAUAUCCUUGUCUGACACCUCUCAUAACUGAUGUCAACUUGCUGGUCUCUCCUUAAAUUCUAAUGGAUGCGCUCUGUUCCCAACAUAAGUUCUCUAUCAGUUGUAGAUCUUUUCCAUUUAUCUCUAAUGCUUCCAGAACUAUAAUAAAAUUUUAAUUGUUUACUUUAUCAGAUGCCCAAUAGCGUAGCUAGGGUGGCAAGAUUUUGGGGAGGGGGCAAAGACGAAUUGCGCAAGGGAAAAUUGGGAGUCAAAACCCUUUUAAAUGCCAGAAAAAGCUCUUUUUCAAAGAGAAUUCUUGCCAAUGGAGGGGGGGGGGAGUUCUCCCUGGUUAUGUCAUCGCAUAACAAAGUGUAGGCCUAAAAGACAAAUGACGUCAUAAACUGAUUUUCAUUGAUAAAGAAAACGACGAAGAAUAAUAUCUUUUAGCUCCUAUCUUUAUCUUUUCUUUCUUUACUGGAAAACGGCACAAAGCUUUGGGAAACCUUUUAAGACUAGCAGAUUCAUUUAAAAUACAUUUUUCGAAUGAAAACUUGUAUGGCAAAGGGACGAGGCCACCCGUGCUGUCAGUAAUUGUAAGGUAUUUAUAUAUCGAAUAUUUUUAACAUCUGUUUUAUUUACGGUGCUCGUUGGCUUUAAAGAAUUGAAGACUUGAAAUUCCUUUAAAUCAUUUUUAAGCUGCCUAUUACCCAAUAUAACAGGUGUGUCCCAGUAUAAAAAAAGCAAUAGCAAUCCGGGCCUUCCGAUAUGUAAUGUAAAGGUAGAGGAGAUUUUUAGAAAAUAGUCAGGUUUGUUAACAAGAUGGCUGAACAAUGGGCAGGUGUUGCUCAUGAGCUGGACUUUGUACGGAAAAGAAGAAAAGUGACUGCCUGAAAAGGUAAGCAACGAUGAUGAAGAGGUAUAUAAUACAAGUUUGGGAAAAAAGGCUACGAUAGAUUAAAAGAAGGUUUUCGACGAACCAGAGAUCGCUACCUAUAUUUGGUCGUAAAUAUUACAGCCUUGAAGAUUUGCCGAAGCUAAAAUAAUGCUGGCAAGCAAUAAAAGCCUUCUAGUGUAACAUAUGUCGACUUGGAAGCGCUCGGGGAUAAACUUCUGGCAUACCAGCUGUAUUCCCUUUGUGUUCAAAAUGUUAUCCUUUUAUAGAAUGCAUGUUGCAGCAAUGCCUCGCGCAACAUUGCGUAUAAAUGCAAGAUGACACUUUUGCUGCAUAUGUUUCUUGCGAAAAAUUAUGUAGGGAGCUGGAUAUCGUCAAGAACAGGCUGCACCUUUUUAGAGUCCUGUAUCUGAUGUUUUAGUGCGUAUGAGUUUUGAGGUGACUGAUUUUGAAAUUGUGUCAAGUUACUAAACUGAUGACAGGACUACAAGGUGACAAACAGGUUGUAUUUCUUGGCCUAAUUUGUAAAUUUCACAUUUGUUAACUACUAUCUAAAUGUCUUAUCAGAAUUGUGUUGGAGUAGCAUAUAUAUGUUUUUAUUGUGCAUAUAGGUUACCUGUAAAGAGCAUUUGAUUCAAAUACAGUACAAACUUGCAAAAGUUGCAUCUCAAAUUAAAGAUCAUCUCAAAUUGACUGACCGUAUCUGAUAUCGAUUGAGCAUGCAAUGGGUGUGGGUCAACAAAUUUCAUCUGUCACACCGUGAACCGGGCACUUUUAGUUUCUAGCCACCCUGUCAGAAUGAUGCCAGACCGCCCCUGAGUAUGGAAGAAGGUUCAUAAUCUAACAAGCAUUCGUUGUUACAUUUAACAGAGAAAAGUUCCUUUCUAAUCUAGGGGAGGUUAUUGCAUGAUGCCCUAAUCUGCGAAACAGGCUAUCAUGAAUAAAAUGAAUAAAAAUAUGCUGCUUUCUUUAAAAGAAACUGAUAAAAUGUCACGGCUCUGGCGCAGCAGAAAGAUUAUCGUUAACCAAUCAUAUACAUUGGUCGAUUCUGCUCUUAGCUUGCCGAGUCGCAUCGCACCUCUUGGGAUGAAAUUUUUUCAUGUAAAUGUUAAACUGUCUGGAAAGUGGAAUAAAGAUCUUACCUAUGUACAUGGGUUAGCAUUCUAUAAAUGACAUGCUGUGGUAUUAGGGAAAAGCUCAAAGGUAGGGUAAAAGAGAAGCCAUACGCUUGAAGGUGGGGUAGAAUUUGCAUGUAAACUUGCGAUGAUUUAGUCCAGCCUGCCUAUUCAUAGAUUGCAAGGUGGAAAAAUAUGUGCAAAUAAACAUGCUUUAAGACACAUUCCUAUCGUGCUUGCCAGAAGACACUUUUUGCAAAGAAGCAAGAAGCCACACCACAGCCCAGGAUUAUAUGCCUCAAAAUCAGCAUCUUUGACUUUUCUGAUUUUGAGGAGCCAUAGAACAUGGAUAAUUUUGCCAAAAAUUUGAGAUAGCUCUUCACAAAGUUUGAUUCGGUUUCAUGCCCCAACUUUUUUCCCAAAAAAUUUAAUUUCCCAAAAAUUGUCCUCAGAAAAUUUCCUACCUUUGUAAGUUUUCUUCCGCCCCAUUAUCGGUCAGACUAAAUAUCUUCUCCCUCGUAGGAAAACGCUUUGGCUCUCAGUGACUUUCUUAACAGUUGAUUAUAAGUUCAUAGUAUGGUGUCAACAUUAUUUUUAGAUGCAUUCCACGAAGGAGGUUAGAGUCUGCACUCACGGUAGCCUCGAUGCUGCCUGGCACAUAGUACAAAAACUAGGCAAUGUUUGCAGAAGUUCGGUAAUAGACCGCUAGAUACGUUUCUUAUUAAAACCUUGCGCUUUGCUAGUGCAAGUAAAACUUUCAACUGAACAAUUUACGUUUGUCUUUGAGAGUGGUUGCAAGCUUCAGAGAUUUGCCCUUUCACAGCAUUGAAAUGGUUAUUUUCCUGAAUUUGCAGGUUCCUCUUCGCAAAUUCAACCAUUGACCAGAUCAAUAUUACAAAUCGAACCUCUUUAUUAGGAUAAAAAAGGUAACCACAAGAAUAAUCUAUUAAUCAUGCUUUUAUUUGUCAUUUUGUUGAAUGUGAAUUGGAUCCCUGCAGGUCCAGCUAAAUGUAUUACUUAUUAAUGAAUUCAGAUCUUAACGAGACAACAUGCCAUAUGAAGAUACUUGACCCAAGUCGCUCAUAGGGAUACUGCAGCCAAGCAAUCAAGAUGCGAGCUGCAACAAAAGUCCUGUUCGCAGUUAUUCGUAAGUACUGCUUGAGUUGUGAGUGUUAUUGAUUAAUAAACUUUCUAUUGGAACAUGACACAGAUCAACACUGAAAGUAUUUGGAAAGUACCUGUUUUUCAGCAUUUUAAAAUCUUUUAAAGACUAUUCUAUCAAGAUGAUUUUCCGUGAUCCACGGAUCGUUUGCAGUCAAAUUACCUGUUUGAAAUAGCAAUGAUUCUGCUAAGUAAUACUAUAAUGACUUCAGCUAAGUAAUACUAUCGACUUAAAUCAGAAGCAUACUUAACGAGUGCGGUUUUGUCAAUAUUGAUUGUGCGCUACAAGAUCCGCUACAAGAACUACUUGAUUAAGGCUAUAAAUAUACAGUCUGGUGGUAAGGUUCCACAAUCCUAUUCAGGAAUACUUGUCGAGCUCGCUUUGAUCACUUUUCCAAACUUUUGCUUGUAGUCUUUGAAAUAAUAGUUGGUCUUUAGCAAUCAUGAAUAUUAAUACCUGCAAUUAACAACUAGCAAGAAAUAUGCUGAACGUGAGCGAAUCUAAGUGAUUGCCUAUGGAAAAUCUCACGUUUAAGCACAUGUUUUAGCGUAACUUUCGAUCGAAGCACAGCUUGGAAUGUUGGAUUUUGCAAUGCUUGUAGAGUUGCGGAGGUGUUCCGGCAGAAACAACAUGCACCGGUCCUGAUCUUUCUGAAUUUUCAGCUAUCUUGCAGCAGGUGGUGUAAUUGUCAACCGGAUACGUUGCAAAAAGUUACGAUUAAAAAUGGAAUUGGACAGAAGGAACCUUCUUUGAAUUAUUGCAGCUGCAUGAAACGCAGUAUAUUUGAAGCUUGAAAGAAAAGAGGGAAGAUUAGAAUAGAAAGACUCGAAAAUAGCGAGAAAACUUUUUCUGUCUCAAUUUUCAUAGGCUAUCAACAGAUAACUCUUCCUUCUACAUUUAUUUCUGCCACUGACAAAGCACCAUAAAAUUGACGCUUCUUCCAAAUUUUCAUAAAGAAGGAUAAAAAAGUUCGCUUAAUAUGAUAUAUAUCGCAUGAUAGAUUUUAUUAUAAUAACACAUGUUCUGAAUUUUAAAGGUGAUUCCUUUUAAGGAAUAACAGGUACAAUAAGCUUUAAAGGUGAUUGCAAUAAUUCGUCUGCAACGAAGCUACAUAAAUCUCUAAGGGAACUCGUUGAUUUCAUUUACAGCCACCAUAGAAAUUCAAGCAAAAUCUUGUCAAUAUGAUGUUUUAAAAUACAUUUUGGUGAAAAGUUUGAAUUAAGAUGAAAACUGAUGUUUAAAAAAGCAAUUAAAAAUUUCGGGCAAAACGUUUUUGCGAGCAACUUAAAAUCUGUUUGCAGCAGCAAAAAUAGAUUCUAUUUGAAACAGAAGGCAUUUGACAGCCGCAAGUAUGUCAGCUAAUAUUUUUUUCUGGUAUUUUUCCAAUUUUGAAGCGCAAAUGGUAGUGGAAUAAAAGCCUUCUAGUGUUGAAACUUAACAGGAAUUGAAACGGCGAUCACGAUUAGGUUGUUUGCUCAAUACUUGCGAGAAUUUAUUUUGUAUGCUCUAGCAUGGUGAGAAAAUUUCUACCUUGCCUGUGAUCGAACAAACCUUUCACCGAUGAUGCCAUUGGUUUUAGAAAUGGCAUCAUGCGGGUAAUUCUUCUUUGCACGUUAUACAACAUCUUUUGUUUUGUUUUGCAUUUUAACAAAGGUUGUUCUACUAUCUAUGUAGGACAAUGUUUGAAAAAGCACUAGAUUUAAAAAUAAGGCUACGGGCAUCUCAGCAGUCUUUUGAUAAUUUGCCAGCACCAAAGCAAGAGUGACAUCAUUAGAACCCUGACCAUGGUGCUUCAGUUUGAUGGAAUUUUAAAAGUUUUCCAGUUUGAAUCUAAAACGGGUACUUUGCCCUUUCAAUUUUGGAUCCUUUUCUCUCUGCGCUGUUUCAGCGGAUAAAAAAGGCCAUAUUCUAUAAAAAAUCUAUUGA